AUGGCCAUGACCGCGACGCGCAAUACAGGACCCAGCACGAACGCAAGCGCCAGCUCGAGCCGGUUCGCUCGGGCCGUCUCGACGCUUCUUUCACCAUUCUCCAACCCCCACUCGUCCUCACGCUCAGCCUCGCGCCCAUCGUCAUUGGCAGUUCCCAACACCGCAGCGACUGAGCGACCACGACGGGUCAGCGAGGCAACACUGGCCAAGGCGGGGAGUCGCAGUCGGACCAGCUGGCAUGCAUUCCGGAGCGUGGUGUCUCUCAACCACCUCAACGAGCACGACGACGAGCGGCGGGCAGCCGAGGCCCAAGCCGAACGCCAGCGGUUGACAUCGAGCAUGAACGAGGACCUGGCUCUGGCGCUCGCCGGGCCCUCUGGGCAGCGCCACAGCUCGUUUGGCAGUGCCAGCAGUUCCGGCGCACUGGACAUGCUGCCCGUCCCCGCGGGCAAGGACUCGCCCUCGUCCUCGUCCUCGAGUCGCAGUCUGCCUGCCGCGCUGCGAACCAAGCUCAAGCGCACGCGCAGCACCAACUCGCUGGCCGUCAGCACCACUGCGUCAAGGUCGACACCGGGCGGCGCACCGCCGCGCAUCGCCCUGGCAGACUUUGGCUUUGAGCGCGAUGGCCCGCCCACGCCGCCACCACUCCCCGCAGCGGAUGUACCCCGCAUCGAGCUGCAUCUCGUCGACACGGCACUGGAAGGGCUGGAUUUUGACAAGAAGAAGGACGAGACAAGGACCAACGGGCUGUGA